AUGGACAGUCUGCAAAAUCUCUUAGCACUUGUUCAUGUGGACUUUCCUUGGUUCUCAGAUCUUGAUUCCAUCUGGCACAACAACCCCUCUAUGGUGGCGAAGACUUACUUGUCUCAGCCAGGGCUGGCUGGGGCUGGUCCCUCCAUACCGGCUGCUCAGUCCUCCCAUGCAUAUAUGCCCCCCAAUCUGCCCCCUUCUGCAUAUCCUCCACUGACCUCAUUUGUCAAUGAGCAGUCAAAUGUGAACAUUUCACUGACCUCAUCCAUCAAUGAGCAGUCAAAUGCAAAUGUUCCACUGACCUCAUCCGUCAACAUGCAGUUGAACGUGAACAUUCUACUGACCUCCCAUCAACGAGCAGUUGAAUGUGAACAUUUCUCAGAGGCUUCCCAGAAUGCCUGA